AUGUUCACGCCGCUCGGCCUUUUUGGGGCAAUUCCAUGCCCGCGAGGCAAGGAUUGCACUCUUUUGAAAUGCAUAUUCUCUCAUGAUAAUAACCCAACCCCAGCUGAGGCUCGGCGUUCGAAGAUAUCAGUGUCAGGUGACGAUGGCCCUCCUUCUAAACGGGCCAAAGUGGAAAACUCACAGUUGCUGGGGUCCCUCAUUCCAUCUCACAGCUUGAAAGAAUCAUCGCUCGAAAUGGGACGCCGCUCAUCGAAAUCAGUCGCCUCCGAGCAAAAUCAAAAUACACAAGACACCCCAGGAGCUCAAGAAACCGCCCAGCCUACCUCAAACCAUGGCACACCAAAGCCUUUGGGGAACGAGCCUGUGAAGCGCACUAAUACCUCAUCUGCUGGAUCUUCAUCUGAACUUCCCCCUCGCAAAGCCCCAAAAGAAUCUUUGAAUCCUCGCAUGCUUGCCCAUGCACCGGCAACUCAUGGCAGUCGGACUGCCAUUCUCCAGAAGUUGCACUCUGCCAUGACUGCUCUCAAUGAGAAGCUACGAAAAGACAAGCAUAGCUCGAAUAGAUGUUUUGUCCUAACCCCCGACGAACUCAUCACAAUGGCCCUUGACGAGGAAGAGAAAUUUGCGAGGGACAGUCCAAGCGUUUACGGCAAUGUUGUCAAACUUCGAAUCGUGAGAGUUACAAAGAUGGGUAUCGACGAAUGGGCCAAAGAGGUGAUGUCCCAUCUGAACGCGCGAUACUAUAAGAUAAACCCCGUUCAAAAGCCGCGAGCGAUUCCCAGACCCAUCAACACAGGCCUGACCCCCGCAGAAGAAAUUGCAGUUGUAUCCCAGCUAGUCACACCCCUCACUGGUCUUGAAGAACAUGGAUAUGUCACAAAGCAGCCCACGGAUGCAGAUAUAGAAACUGCCAAGAGAGGCGUUGAUGAGUCCAAGGGCUGGGAGAAAUGUGAUAGAUGCGGUCAACGAUUUCAGGUAUUUCCGGGUCGUCGUGAAGAUGGUACCCUGGCCAGCGGUGGCUACUGUGACUAUCAUCCAGGACGGCCUGUUUACCCUCAGCGCAAGAAAACAGACCAUGUCACCGGUCCCUCCCAGCCCUACUUUCCCUGCUGCAGCGAAGCACUGGGAACGUCUACCGGGUGUACCAGAGCCAAAACACAUGUGUUCAAAGUCUCGGAGACCAAGCGACUUGCAUCCGUCCUCCAAUUUCAGACAACCCCGCCUCAGCCGGAAAAAGGACCACUUGAGCCGGUCUCUAUUGAUUGCGAGAUGGGCUACACGACAUUAGGUCUCGAACUGAUUCGUCUCACUGCAGUCAGCUGGCCUAAAGGCGAUGAUCUUCUUGAUGUGCUGGUUCGGCCUAUGGGCGAAGUAUUAGAUCUCAACACUCGCUUUUCCGGUGUCACACCACAACACUAUGCUUCCGCAAGUCCAUAUGGUACUCCGAUGUCCAACAUACAUUCAUCCUUAGGAGACGAGAAAAAUAAAAUCCACCCACCCUUGCAACUUGUUCAGUCACCCGCAGAGGCGCGCAAUCUACUUCUGAAGCUCCUCCAGCCCGAGACACCUCUUAUUGGUCAUGCAAUCGACAACGACCUCAACGCUUGCCGUAUCAUUCACCCUACGGUGAUUGACACCGUCCUCUUGUACCCCCACCCCAAGGGUCUCCCCAUUCGGAUAAGUCUCAAGGCCCUUGUUCAAAGGCACCUUGGCCGCGACAUUCAGGUCGGAGACAAUGGGCACGACUCAAAGGAAGAUUCAGUUGCUACGGGCGAUCUCGUGAGAGUGAAGGUGGGCGAGAAAUGGAAAGAGCUGAAGAAGAAGGGACAAAAAAUCGAGGGGGGCAAGUUGGUCUGUCCGGAUGGCUAA